AUGCGUGCAUCGCUCGUCCGUCACACACUGGGCAACCUCGUCCCGCCAAAGAUUGCUUCGCCUUCAGCGGUGGUGAGAGGCGCAGGUGCCAGCAUGGCCUCCGUGGUUGACUUCUACUCUAAGUUGCCAAAAGGGCCUGCUAAGGCCCCCGCCAUUUCUGGAAUCAAGGCCAAAUUUUUCAAUGGCAAGAAUGCAUCGGUCGCACCAUUCCUUGGUACCCUAACUGCCAUAUUGUUGCUGGGAUACACUAUUGACUACAACAGUGUGUAUUCCUAUCUAACCAUUUUUAACCGAGUUCUGAGUUUCCCAUUCAUCCUUCAGUGCAUUUGA